AUGGCCGAUGACUCAGUACCUGCAGGUGCGCUGCAGCAGGAACAGGAACAGGAGCAGGGGGGUGAUUUGCUCGAGGCGUCGGAGUCUGAUGUCGAUUCGGCGUAUAAUGACAUCGUCUCCGAAACGGCGUCUGUGACGUCUUCCAUCCUCGCUGGGAAAUUCGAGAAUGGACGGAGGUAUCAUGCUGAAACUCCCUCUGCUAAAGAUAUCGAUUAUAGCAAGAACAAGAUCGUUUUUGGUCAAGGGACAGACGGGACACUCUUUGCUCCAGUCAAGGAUCCGCAGACUAUUCUAGAUAUUGGGACGGGGACAGGUAUCUGGGCAAUUGACUGCGCCGAGGAGUACCCAGGAGCUACUGUAUAUGCCACGGACCUAAGUCCUAUCCAACCCGCAUGGGUGCCGCCAAACGUCAAGUUCGAAAUCGACGACGCCGAAAAGCCAUGGACCUUUGAUCCCAACUUCUUCGACGUCAUCCAUACGCGGACCAUGACAGGAUGCAUCCGCGACUGGCAAAGGCUUGCCCAACAAGCCUUCACCCAUAUCAAACCCGGCGGCUACUUCGAAUGCCAAGAAAUGGACUACAUGACCGUCGUGCAAUCCGACUCCCAGAACCCCGGCGAAGCCAUGCUCCUCUGGUGCAAGCAGCAAGGCGAAGCCGCCGCCAAAGCCGGCAUCUCGCUGCGCACGUCCACCAGCUAUCUCAAAAGCCUCAUGGAGAGCGUCGGCUUCGUCGACGUCGUGACCCGCGAGUUCAAGCUACCGAUUGGCCCUUGGGCGUCCGACAAGACGCUGCGCAAUGCCGGGCUGCUGCAGAUGAGCGCCAUGCUGGAGGGCAUCGAGGGCAUUAGCCUGAGACUCUUCACCCAUUAUACGAACUGGACGCUGGACGAGUUGCACGUGCUGCUGGCGAAGUGUAGGUCGGAGAUCAAGGAUAAGCGGCUGCAUGCUUAUUGGGCUUUACCGGUUGUCUAUGGCCGUAAACCAGAGUAG